AUGGCCAGGAUGGAUCUUCCCAUAAACAAGGGAACAGGAAACAUACAAGGCUACAAUAUAGCAACUCUGUUUGCAAAAGACAUCAAAACAAAGCUGAAGGAAAUAUUGGAAUUAGAAGAGGGUGAUAAGAGGUGUUAUGAACCACACUGGAGACAUCUGCGAUGGAUUGACAGGAAUGACUUGACUGACCAUAAUGUGAUGAAUAACUCUGUGAAAGGAAUGGAAGAAAGAAAUAAACUUUUUCAUAAAGAGGUGUUUGGUCUCUUCAGUCCUCCAGGACAUUACCUUAGUUUGAAAAACUGCAAUAAUGGAAAGCUUAUGGCAACACUGGAAGAUGAGUAUGAUAUUUUUUUAUUCAUCCUUGUUGAAGAAAAUGGAGAGGCAUAUUGUGUAAUGACAGGACAGAGAUUGAAUGAAGGAAUUAGAUACUUUAAGGAUGUAUUGCUUGUAGAAGCAAGAAUCAUUAUCGCUUCUGUUGUCAAGAACAUAACAUAUAGAGAAGCUGAAGAACUUCUCUAUCCAUUGAAAUAA